AUCGCGACCUCACCUCUCUCUCUUCGGACAUUUCAUCUAUGGUUUUUUGUUUUCAGUUUCUGGGAUUUCAUCUCCCUUGAUUUCCUUUUGCAUUUUAUUAAAAAAUAGUAUAUUAAUUUAUCCAAAACAAAAUAGUGUAUUAGCAGUUCUCCCAUGGUUUUUGUUUUAGGAACUUCCAUUUUUCUCUGUAAUUUUGCAUAUUGCAGGUUUUAGCUUAGGGUAAGUUGCGAAAUUUAUUUCUAUCCACUUAACUUUAUCUAUGUUGGGAGGUCUUGUUACUACUCCUUCCAAUAGUCCCCAACUUACAAGCGAGCUGGAAAAUGGUGCUGAGGAAGGUUUCUUGACUCCAACGGAGGCAAAUGAUUUGAUUUGUGGCAUGACUGAGAUGGGUUCUUCUCAAAGUGAUGGAAUCUUUAGUGUGGAUAAGAAAUCUGUAGAACCAUUACUACUUCAAAACAAGAAACAAACUUGCAAUCAAAGUGGGAAUAUGAGAGGGAUCAAGGUGGGCCAACCCUGUAAUCAAAGUACAAAUAGUAAUCUAAUUUGUGUUAAGAGUAGUUUUUUGUCGUCUCUUAUUUGUAAGCUUAGAGAUUUUCACAUAUGUGUACUUAGUCAAUGUGGUCAAAUGUAG